ACCGAUCGUUUCUUUUCGUGUUCAUUCAUUCGUUACAGUAAUAUCACCAUGCGGGGCUCUACAUAUGUUGCCUUCUUGGGCACGUUGCUUUGCUCCUCAGUCAACGCUUUCCCCGCACAUGCCGACGCAGACACCAACGCGUCACGGGCGCAUUUGGAACAUAAUGCAGACUGGACUCCAAAACCAUCGCAAAACUGUGAACAUGGGCCCAAAACGAGAAGAUGUUGGACCGGGGACUUGGACGUUUUAACAGACAUGGACGACGUAUGGCCGGAUACAGGAGUAUACCGAAAGUACACGUUAGAAAUCACGAAUGCCACAAUGGCACCUGACGGCUUCCCACGGGACAUGCAGGUCGUCAACGGGCAGUACCCAGGUCCCACGAUUGAAGCAAACUGGGGCGACAUACUCCAGAUUACCGUCAUCAACCGACUUCAUGCCAACGGCACUGGAAUUCACUGGCACGGCAUCCGUCAGCUGGAAACAAACGAGUACGAUGGUACCGGUGGUCUCACUGAAUGCCCGAUUCCACCGGGCGCCUCCAAGGUUUACACGUUCAGAGCGACGCAGUAUGGUUCAUCGUGGUACCACAGCCACUAUUCCGUGCAGUAUGGCGAUGGCGUUUUGGGCGGUAUCAUCAUCCACGGCCCAGCGACCCAGAAUUACGAUAUCGAUCUUGGGAUUAUGCCCAUGACGGACUGGUUUCAUUCGCCUAUUUUCACGGUAAACUCAGCAGCUCACCACGAAGCCCACGGUCCCCCUAUCGCAGACAACAUUCUGAUCAACGGCACUAUGACAUCUCCUUACGGUGGCGCAAAGCCCGAAACCACAUUGACGCCAGGAAAAACGCACCGUCUGCGACUCGUAAACACGGGGAUCAACAACUGGAUCCACGCUUCGCUUGACAACCAUACGUUUACGGUAAUUGCCGCGGAUUUUGUGCCGAUUGAACCGUUUGAGACGACAGAACUGUCAAUUGCUAUUGGCCAAAGAUACGACGUCCUGAUUCACGCCACCCAACCCUCAACCUCCUACUACUUCCGCGUAGGCACAGGUGGAUCUUGCGAUGGACCCAACCCGUCCGCGUCGGAAGCUCGCGGUAUCUUCCGCUACGCCGAUGCUCCUGAUCUUCUUGCGGAACCUGUCUCGGUCGCCGCAGGGCACCUGAUGGAAGGUUGCUGGGACGAGCAGAAUCUAGUGCCCGUUCAAAGGACGCAGGUCCCCCGGGAUAUCCCGCAGGAGAUGCUGGUGGGAUUCGACACGACCAAUGCGAGCACAAAUGGUGUGCAUUGGUUGAUCGAUGGGAAGCCGAUGAAGGUCGAUGUGAAGAAGCCUACGCUGAUGCAAAUUACGGAUGGUAAAUGGGAGUUCGAAGGGACUAAUAAUGUGUACAGAGUUGGAGAGAAAGAUACUUUCCAAUAUUGGGUGAUACAGCAAUCCGACCACAUGGCGGCAUUCGUACCGCACCCAAUUCAUCUCCACGGCCACGACUUUUACGUCCUCGACCAAGUCAGCGACGCAACCUGGAACGGGAACGCUUCACAGGUGGAUCGUCUUCGCACCGAUAACCCGAUCCGCCGUGAUACCGCUACUCUGCCUGCUAACGGGUAUCUCGUGCUCGCGUUCGAGAGCGACAACCCAGGCGUGUGGCUCAUGCACUGCCACAUCCCAUUCCACGUGGGCCAGGGCUUUGGCAUGCAGUUUGUGGAGCGACAGGAAGAGAUCUUGGGAAGUAUUGAGAGGCUGGAUGAUAUAAAGAGGGAGUGUGGAGAUUGGAAGGCUUUCCAGGAGAGCUUCUAUGGGGUCGACUUUGAGUUUGAGGAGACGUUGGUGUGAGAAAGAUCCUUGUUUCCCUUUUCUCGUUACGCCCAAGACUGUGUUUCGAUUUUGGUUGCGGAGAAGAGGCUUGGCCGAAAUAGAGCAAGUAGUUGCUGAGGGGAUAUAAUGAGGUGAAAUUAAUUUGAUAUGGGGGAGUUUACGGGGUUGGAUCGGUUUUGGCAGGGUGUACUUUCGCUUACCAUAGCCUUUUUUGUAUAUAGACUCACAAGACAAUCGCUCAUUCUGUAUUAUAACUAGUGUCCCGUCCGAUGUAUGUAUCCAUUGACCAUUGCUGAAGAUGGAAUUAUUU